AUUUGAAAUAAAAAAAUUGGAAAAUACAAUUUCGAAAAAAAUAUUUUCGAAAAUAUAAACUUCGAAAAUUUUCAAAAUUACAAAAAAAUUUAAAUAGUUUCUGUACGCACAAAAACAAGCAUAUACCGAAAAACAACGCGCUCCAACGCCCAAAACUCUGCUACAGUUACAGUUACGCUCCUAAUUACUCCGAAAAAGGGAGUCAUCAUACAUUUGCGCUCUAUCUGCCGCAAUAGUUGUUGUAGUAUGCAUCAAGUGGAGCUUUAGUGCAUAAAAUUAUAUUUGUUUGUAUGUAUUAUACUUUUUAACCACAACAAAUCGAUGAACUUUGAGUGUAUUUGUGUGCAAUAACAAGUCAUAACUAGUUGGCGGGAAUUCCAGCAAACAAACGCACACAAAAAAAAACUAAAAAAAAAAUUAAUACGAAAUAUUAAAAAAUAAAAAAAAAAUUGAAAAAGUAAUAAUUUCAAACAGUAAGCAAGCCAAUCAAGCGCCCACAAGCUAUUAACCCGACCGGCUUUUUCGCAGCUUUAACUACCGACAGCAGACACCAGUCAAUCACUCAUCAUCCAUCUAUUCAUCCAGCCAGCCAGCCAUUCAACCGACCAACCAACCAUCCAUCCAUUAGCUUCGCGCUCAGCUAUUUCCUACCCAUCAAUCUAUCAGCGACAGUUAUUCAAUAGCAGAUAGCAUCGCCGCAACGCAUCACUCGUCACAGCGUUUUAACGCAGCCAGAUCGCACUAGCAGCAGCAGGAGUCGCAUUUGCAUCAAACCACAGUUUUUACAACUCAACGUCGCAUCUUAUAAGCCAUCAAGAUUCCUUGCUGUAGUAUGGAUACGAAUUCUGUUAGUCCACUGCCACCGCCAGAAGCACCACUUGCUAUGAUGGAGGUCGAAAAAUCGCCACCGGGGACACCAACAACAAACGAUAUGCCACCACCACCGGAUGAAGAAAAGCGCUAUGAGGAGGACUCGGAGAAUGACUGGAACUGUGGCUCGUGGUUCGAGUAUUUGCUCAUCGUUAUACUCUCCACCAUCUUGUUGGUGGGUGUGUUGAUACUCACGCUAUUCUGGAUAUUGUUCUAUCGCGAUGGCUUCGCCUGGUCGGACAAUCCAGCAUUACAAUUUAACUUGCAUCCCACCCUAAUGGUGGCGGGUUUCAUAACGUUAUCGGGUUUUUCCAUUUUGCUGUAUCGCCUGUGUCGCUGCUUGAAGCACAUCUAUGUUAAGCUGAUCCAUAUGUUCUUUCACGCCUGCGCCAUACCGUGUGUGGCUUUGGGAUUUCUGUCCGUCUUCGAUUCGCACAAUUUGUCGGAGCCGCCUAAAGUGAAUUUCUACAGUAUGCAUUCGUGGUUGGGCUUUAUCACCAUGGGAAUGUUCGUUUUGCAGUUCGUUGUUGGCUUCUUCAGUUUCUUGGUGUUGCUGUGCUGUGAGAAUCGCACCUACAAGUGUCGCAGCAUUAUGGUUCCGAUACACGCCAGCUUUGGUUUGGUGAAUUUCAUGUUGGCAAUUGCAACUUGCAUCACUGGGUUGGUGGAAUAUGAGCGUCAGAAUGCGGGUAAUGCUGUUUUGAGCUCACGUAAUUCGGAAAUCGAACACUACAUUAUAAACUCAUUGGGCAUCGUACUCGUCGCCAUUGGUAUCAUUGUCUCUGUCGCUGUACGACGAUCGAACGCUCCAGCCACUGCCAAGGUCUAUGUUACCGAACGUUGCUGAACACAUUUUUAGCCAUAAAAACGAAAAGAAAUUUCAUAUUUUUGAAGAGACAAAUUUAAAUUAACUAAAUAAGAUUUCUCGAAACAAACAAAACAAAAAUAUAUAUAAAAGCAAUGUUGCCAGAUUUUCCUUUUUUGACACUUUUUAUGCAUAAGUGAACUACUUAAAUGAAUAAAAUAAAUAAAAAAGAAAAAUAUCGAAAAUUCCUUCCUCAACAAACUUUAAUUUGUACAGCCGAAAGAUAUGCCAAAUUGUCAACGAAUAUUUUUUCUAUAGAGAAAAAAAAACAAACACGAAAAUAACGGUAAAUAGUAAAAACCCACCCAAAAGCCAAAAUGCAAUGAAAUUAACAACGCCAGAAAGGAAAAGAGAGAACAAAUAAAACGAAUACCAAAACGCACAAAUUAUUAAUAUAUAAAGUACAUACAUACAUACACACAUACAUACAUGUACUGUAGAUAUGUAUAAGCUAAAAUCCAAAAUUUCAAAAUUCAUUAAAAAUAUAAGAAUAAUCAAAAUAAUUCGUAAUCAAAAUUAGCAUCAAAAAUCAAAUGUUUAUCAUUAAAAGCAUAAAAAAAAUUAUACGUACAUACAUAUAUAUAAAUAUUAUAUAAUAAUUGUUUUGAGUAUAUCGUAUCGUUAAGUAGCCCAGUAUUGUAUUACUCAUACGACAUGUAGUCCUACAACGAUUACCAAACGGAAUGUGUACGCAUUGGCAAAGUGAAUAUCGAAUUAAUAUGAUAAAUUAAAUUGAAUCAAAAAAUUGUCACCACAAUUCAUUAAAUUAUAAGUCGUAAAUGUAGUUGAAGUGUUUUUUUUUUAUUUUUAUUUUUGUUGUUUUUUUCUUUUUGUUUAACUACAUAAAACAUACAUACUAUAUCAGCAUAAAUGUAGUUAUGGAGCGCAAUUUGUUUUGCUGCUAUAAAUUACCGUAACAUACAUGCAUGCAUACAUACAUACAUUAAUCUAAGCAAUAUACAAAUGUAUGGAAAUAUUUCAAUUGAAUACAAGUAAUAAUAAAUAAAUAAAUAAUAAAAAGGUCCCUUUUUGUAAUUUAAAUAUAAA